GAUUUUGGCACUCAGAAAGAAGUUGCUUGGGCCAUAGGUAAUGUCACAAUUAGUGGAAGGAAAGAUCAAGUGGCUUACCUUAUCCAACAAAAUGUUAUCCCAUCUUUUUGCAAUGCUAACUGUAAAAGAGGUACAAGUUGUGCAAGUAGUACUCGAUGGACUAAGUAAUGUAUUUAAAAUGGCUGAAGAUGAGGCAGAAACCAUAGGCAAUCUUAUCGAAGAAUGCAGAGGGCCGGAGAAAAUGGAACAACUUCAAAAUCAUGAAAAUGAAGACAUCUACAAAUUGUCCUAUGAUAUCACUGAUCAGUUCUUCUCUACAGAUGAUAUUGAUAAAUACCCUAGCUUUGUUCCAGAAGCAAUUCAAGGGGGAACAUUUGAUUUCAAUUCAUCUGCCAAUAUAUCAACAGAAGGGUUUCAGUUUUAGAAAGAUAUUGUGGAAGUUGUGGAUGUUAGGUACAAUGCAGCACUGAGAUAUAUAUAUAUGUAUACAUAUGUAUACACACACACACACACACACACACACACACACACACACACAGGUUUGAUCCAUCAAGCUUGGCUCAUGGGAUCUGCUGCAGCAUUAAAUCAGGA